AUGAUACAGUUUAAACUAUGCAAGAACAAGAAAACGGAUAAUGCCGUCGACGCUAAUUAUUCAAGUAACGACUACAUCAGCAAAUUACCUAAUGAUAUUCUUAUAAGCAUACUCUCCCAAUUUGAUCUGCAAAUCAUAGCAAGAACCAGCAUCCUCUCCAAAAGAUGGAGACAUAUUUGGAAAUUAUGUGAUCGAAAAAUCGACAUUAAUCUUACAGAUUUUAUAAAAAAUUACGGACCUCUGCCGCCAUUAUCUAGUCAUGAUAAACUCAGAAUCGUCGACAGAAUGCACAAUCUCUUAACCCAGAUUAGUGAUAUUAAUCUAACAAUGAUAGACCAACUCAAGAUUCGUUUCCCCAUUAUUGGGAACUCGUCAAGCUGCGACUAUAAGCCUGUCGAUUACUAUGAUGUUUCUAUUAGUCAAUUACAGAGUUGGAUUAACAUGGCUAUUCAAAAUAAUGUUAAAGCACUCGAGUUAGAUUUAUCAGCUGCUCUCGUUGGCUCUCCUUCGAAUUCAACUUCGAUUACAGUUUUCUCGGAUGCGAAAUUCAUGUCACUUGUUUCUCUGCGAUUGAUUGGUGUACAGGCACAUUUGUCUUAUAAAUUGUUAGAUUAUUUAUUAUCUGUUUCUCCGUUUCUUGAAGACUUGUGUGUCAAGGAAUCAUGUUUUGGUAAGGAAAAAGGCUGUCUAGGUGAGCUGAAAAUUUCUGAUACGUGUUUGAAGAGGCUUGAUUUAAUCAAUAAUGGAAUCCAAAUUCUUGAAAUAUCGUCAGCGCCGAAUCUUGAAUCGUUUAAAUUUGUUGAGAAUUAUGGGAAGCCAUUCAAUGUAUGCUUCAAGAAUGUUCCUCGUCCAAGCAGAGUGUCUUUUGAAUGA